AUCAACACUACAAAUUAAUCCUCACUACUCUCCUAAUUGACUAAAGCCACUUUUAUUUCCUCUUAUCCAAAUGGCUCAAGCACUUUCAACUUCAUCACCCCUGCUUUCACCAAAAACAGGGUACUCUGUUAAACCGCAGAACAAUGUUGUUGCACCCUGCAUCGCCUCUUUUUCGUGUAGGAAGCAAUUGCCAAGGGUAGCAAGGGUGAGAGCUCAGGCUUCUGGAGAUAACAAAGAUAACUCUCUGGAGGUACAACAUGUUAACAAGGGUGAACAAGGGACUGCAGUUGAGAGAAAGCCACGUAGAUUUGCCAUGGACAUUUCACCAUUUGGACUCUUGGACCCUUGGUCACCCAUGAGAAGCAUGCGCCAGAUAAUGGACACGAUGGAUCGAAUUUUCGAAGAUACCGUAUCAUUCCCUGGAAGAAACCUUGGAGGAGGGGAGAUCCGUGCCCCUUGGGAAAUCAAAGACGAAGAACAUGAAAUCAAAAUGAGGUUUGACAUGCCGGGUCUUUCUAAGGAAGAUGUCAAGGUAUCAGUCGAGGAUGAUGUGCUUGUUAUAAAAGGUGAUCAUAAGAGUGAACAUGGUGGAGAUGAUUCUUGGUCAAGCAGAAGCCAUAGUUCCUAUGAUACCCGUUUGAAGCUUCCGGAUAAUUGUGAGAAGGACAAGGUUAAGGCUGAGUUAAAAAAUGGUGUGCUUUAUAUCACUAUUCCUAAGACCAAGGUUGAACGCAAGGUUGUUGAUGUGGAAAUUCAGUGAGAUGCUAACUAGUUUGUACAGUAUCCUUUUGGAAUGUUUUUAAUUCUUAAUAUGCUGUGAUAAGUGUAGAAAAAAAAAAUGAAAUAAUUUGCUGCUAUGUAAUUUUAUUUUCUUGAGCUGUCAGUUUCUUUCUCAUGUUUCAUUAAAUGAAAAGUGUGUUUCUAU